UGGGUUGGAGAAUUCGAAAGGGAAUCAAAAAAGGUUUCACUAUCUAAUCUUAUUAAGCUGGCUUCAGCAAUGAGUUUACCCCCCAAUACCAUUUAUUGGACUUUUGCUUUCUAUUAUCUUCAUAGAUCUCUCUCCUAGUUUUUCCUCUAAGAAACUCAUCAAACUGAGAGAGAGAGAGAGAGAGAGAGAGAGAGAGAGAGAGAGAUGAGAAUACAUGAUGCAGGAGCAGGUGGAGAUGGCUCCAUAUCAGAUACUUAUGAUUACGAAGAGCUACCGCAGCACCAAGACAGGAAGGACCUCGAUGCCGGCGCUCUCUUUGUUCUUAAAUCCAAAGGGUCAUGGUUACACUGUGGCUACCACCUGACAACCUCGAUCGUCGCACCGUCACUUCUUAGUCUUCCCUACGCAUUCACCUUCUUGGGAUGGACUGCUGGCGUAAUCUGCCUCACGGUUGGUGCUCUUGUGAGCUUCUACUCCUACAACCUUAUAUCUCUAGUCCUCGAGCACCAUGCCCAGAUUGGUUAUCGCCAUCUCAGAUUUCGAGAUAUGGCUAAUGACAUUUUGGGCCGAACAUGGGGUCGGUACUACGUGGGCCCGAUCCAACUAGUGGUAUGCUAUGGCGCUGUCGUCGGUAACACACUCCUGGGAGGGGAAUGCUUGAAGGCAAUUUAUUUGCUCUCGGUGCCCGAUGGUUCAAUGAAGCUCUAUGAGUUUGUCAUGAUUUUCGGAAGUAUGAUGUUGAUUUUAGCUCAAUUCCCAUCCUUUCACUCGCUUAGGUACAUCAACUUGGCGUCCUUGGUUCUCUGCCUAGCUUAUAGUGCUUGUGCAGCCACGGGUUCCAUCUAUAUCGGGAAUUCAUCCAAUGGGGCCGAGAAGGACUAUUCCCUUGUCGGGGAUACAGAGAGCCGCGUCUUCGGGAUGUUCAAUGCUAUUGCGAUCAUUGCCACUUCGUUUGGCAACGGGAUCAUUCCCGAGAUCCAGGCUACAUUGGCGCCUCCGGUGAAGGGGAAAAUGUUCAAGGGGUUGUGCUUGUGCUACGCCAUUGUGCUGGUCACCUUCUUCAGCGUUGCGAUAUCGGGUUACUGGGCCUUUGGGAAUCAAGCGGAUGCGCUGAUCCUCAGCAACUUUGUGGUGGACGGCCGGGCCUUGAUGCCCAAAUGGUUCGUCUUCAUGACCAACAUGUUCACUAUCCUCCAACUCUCUGCCGUUGCUGUGGUCUACUGCCAACCCACAAAUGAAGCGCUCGAGCGGGCAUUCGCAGACCCAAUGAGUGGCGAGCUCUCUCUACGAAACAUAGUCCCUCGAGUCAUCUCCCGUUCAUUGGUGGUCAUUGCAGCGAUAACACUCGCAGCUAUGCUCCCAUUUUUUGGAGACAUCAACUCCUUCGUCGGAGCCUUCGGUUUCAUACCCCUAGAUUUCAUCCUGCCCGCCGUCUUCUUCAACCUGACGUUCAAGCCUUCCAAACGGAGCCCCAUCUUCUGGGUUAACAUCACCAUUGCAGUGAUCUUCUCGAUACUUGGGGUAAUCGCAUCGAUUGCGGCGGUGAGGCAGAUAGCUCUUGAUGCCGAAACUUACAAGUUGUUUGCGGAUGUAUAGAUUAUCCAAGAUCUCACUUGAAUAUAUAUAGUGUAUCGAGAUCACUUGUUUGUAUUGAAAUCAAUUGUAUUGUGAAGCUCAUCAUUUUUUUCGACUUAACAUUUUUACGACAGGCAUGGUCUCAAUAUCGAGUACGCUAGAUCUGAAACAUAUAUAUCCUGUUAGACAGCAUACUUCCAG